CGACGCGUCGCGUUUCGACGUUCCACCAUCGCAUUCAAGCUUCAUCAUCUUUCAUCAUCGAUCUUCCACCUCCUUGUCCUCCUGCCAUUCCCUACCGAUAACCAUAAGCUCCUCGCCGUUGCAAACCCCUCCUCCUUACCUGCCUCGCCUACACCAAACAAACUAUCCCGCCCAAAAUGCUCGAAGCGCGAAUGCAACAAGCCUCGAUCUUGAAAAAGUUGAUGGACGCCAUCACUGGUUUGGUCUCGGAGGCCAACUUUGAGUGUAGCGAGACGGGGAUUGCCCUCCAAGCGAUGGACAACUCCCACGUAGCCCUCGUCACCGUAGAACUCAAAGCCAACGAAUUCGAACACUACCGGUGCGACCGCAAUAUCCCCCUGGGGAUCAGCUUGGCCUCGUUGACCAAGAUCUUGAAGUGCGCCAAGGAUACCGACGAGCUGACGUUGAAGGCGAACGAUGAUGCCGAUACGUUGGGGUUGGUCUUUCAGAACGGGAAAUCCGAUCGACUCGGCGAGUACGAGAUGAAGCUCAUGGACAUUGACCAGGAACACCUCGGAAUCCCCGACACGUCUUACGACGCGACCGUCACCCUCUCUUCGGCCGAGUUCGCUAGGAUCUGCCGAGACCUGAGCGCACUCGGCGAGUCGGUCAGGAUUGACGCCAACAAGGACGGCGUCAGGUUUACGUGCGAGGGAGAGAUUGGGAACGGGAGCGUGCUCUUGAAACCUUCUGGGUCGGGCGUCAGGUCGGGCAAGGUCAAGAAGGAAAAGGAGGGUGGUAGGAAGAAGAACAAGGUUGUUGGCAGUGACGACGAAGAGGAAGAGGAGGAGGAUGACGUCAAGCCCAAGGUGGAAGAUAGCGACGAGGAAGCUGGAUCGGACGCAGAGCAGGGAGAGGACGAGGAAGAGGAAGAAGAGGAGGACGACGCCGCAGCCAGCAAGAAGCGAAAGGCCGCUGCCAGCAAGGCGUCCGAGAAGAAGACUGCUAAAAAGGCCAAGGUGACCGAGGGCGAGGAGGAGAAUGGCGUCAGCAUCGUCCUCCAGCAAGCCGUGUCCCUGACCUUUUCCCUCAAAUAUCUUCAAAACUUUGCCAAGUCGGCCCCGCUCUCGAGUCAUGUCGUCCUGAACAUGAGCAACGAGGUGCCAUUGUUGGUCGCCUUUGAGUUUGAGCAGGGACACAUCAACUUUUACUUGGCUCCCAAGAUCGGCGACGAGUAGAAAGAAAGAGAACAUCAAACCCUACGGUCGAUCCGUCUUGCCGCUACAUUUUACGUGUCCUCGCCUCCCAUACAUCCUCUUUCUUGUAUUGUAUCGAAUCCCGGGGUCUCUUGCAUAUGCCGAAAUCAAUUUAAUAUGGCUCGUCUUGA